AUGGAGCGGCUCGCCGGAGCCGCCGUCGCCUCCUGCAUGAUCUUGCUCCUCCUGCUCGUCCCCUGCGCCCAGUUCCAGGGGCAACCACCCGAGGCGCCGGAGGAGGCUUGGGCCGAGGGGCAACCACCGGAGGCGUUGGAGGACGCUUUGACGAUGCUCUUGUCCGAGGGCGGGUGCGGCGCCUUCGCCGCCCUCGUCGCCAGGACGGCCGGCGUGGGCGACACGUUCCGCGAGCAGAUCGGCAGCGACCUGGGGCUCACCAUUCUCUGCCCUGACGACGAGGCGGUGGGGGCGUUCGUCCCGAGGUUCCAUAGCCUCACUGUCGACGAGCAGGCCGGGCUCCUCCUGUACCACGGGCUGAGGAUGGCUUACUCCGAGGAGCUGCACGGCCGGGUCUACUGGUUGUGGGAGGUGUUGACGCUUGAUGGGGAGCAGACACUCAUCAUCAAUCACUACAGAGGCAGGGCGAUACUUUCUCCGUGGCCGCCGUCGUCACAGAACGAGGCCAGGAUCACCAAGACUGUCGUCGAUGACGACCAUCUUGCCGUCUACCUCAUCGACGCCGUGCUGAUUCCGACAGAGUCGAAGAAGCCUGACUUCUUCUGGGACUUUUUGGGACCUUUCCUGCUUGUUAUCGCUGGGCUCCUGGCGCUAUUCUUGCUGUGGCAUGCGCUUGUAUAUCUUUGUUCUCUUGUGUGCCGGCUCAGAAGAUGGUGCAAGGAUCGCGCUACUGCCUAUGUUUCGGCCGCCCGUGUCAAUCCACAUGGGCAACAAGAACAUUAG